AUGUUGUCCAGAUUAGCUCUACGUUCAGAACUGUUCCGAGUAGCACCACUAUGUGCUAGUGCCGUGCGCACCACUCAAACCAAACCGGCAGUCACUAGCACUAAUGAAUCAAUCAUUGUACCGGGAUUCCCAAAACCUAAUGGCUUACCUCAACCAAAUCCAUUUGACGGUCCUGAACGUGAUUUGGUGAACUUUCCCAGAAUGGUGAGGUUGGAAGAACCAGCUAAAACUAGGUAUUUGUUCGUGCCCGAAGAAUGGUUUGAAGUAUUUUACAAAAAAACUGGAGUCACAGGUCCAUAUGUUCUUGCUGCUGGUAUCACAACCUAUGUACUAAGUAAAGAAAUAUGGGUAGUUGAACAUGAGUUCCCCUAUGUAUUAGCUACAAUUGGUUUAUUUUAUGUUGGAUGGAAGAAAUUUGGAGCAUCUUUAGCUGAUUUCCUUGAUAAAGAAAUUGAUGAAUAUGAAGCAUCUUGUAAUGCUAGUCGUAAAGGAGAGAUUGAUGGUUUAACAGAAAGCAUUGAAAACCAAAAAACAGAAGUAUGGAGAACUGAAGCUCAAAAACAUGUAAUUCAAGCUAAGCGAGAGAAUGUUGCUAUUCAGUUGGAAGCUAUUUACCGUGAAAGAGCUCUUCAAGCCUACAACCAGGUAAAAAGGCGUUUGGAUUAUCAAUUGGACUUGGCUAACCUGACACGUACUGUACAACAAAGACAUAUGGUUAACUGGAUCAUUGAAAAUGUUCUGAAGUCUUUAACAAAUGAACAAGAAAAGCAAAGUUUCAAAAAAUGCAUGGUAGAUUUACAAGCAUUAGCUGCAAAAGCAUAA